CAACCAAACCCAAACAAAGCCUGCCAUGAUGUCGCAGAUGCUGUCAGUGCUGCUGACCCUUCUUGUUCUUCUCACGUGCGCUGGGGUCGGCGCUGGCGAGGAUGGCGUGGAUAUGCAGCCGGCCAUCUUUGCGGAUGACGUUGGUAACUUGUUUGUGGACACGAAGCGCGCGCAGGGGCGCGUGUUUGUGAAUGGCGUGGACGUGCAAGUGUUGGAUGAACGCAUGCGGGCACUGGAGGCCACGGCGGCCGCCCUGACUGCGGCGCAGGGCAUCCAGCGGGCCUGGAACCCCAACCUGACGGUCGCGGAGACGGCAUCGAUCGGGGCCGGCUUCAACGAAGUGGUGAAUGGCAUCGUGGCGGACUCGAUCGCCAACGUCGUGUGCGUCUGCGGCGAGACCUCCAACAACCUCUUCGCUGUGCUAUCUGGGCUCGUGGACGCGUAUGUGGCGUGCUUCAACGCGGACGACGCAACCCUCAAGUGGGGCGUGCAGUUUGGCUCCUCGCAGUACGAUCGCGCCUUCGGCGUUGCCAUGGACCCCGUGGCGCGCACGGUGUACGUGUUUGGGCACUCAAACGGCGGCGUGUUUGUGCCGGAGCCGCAUGGCCUGGCGGACCUCGUGCUUGCCGCCUUCCAUCGCGACACGGGCAAGCAGCUGUGGGGCGUGCAGUUUGGCUCAGCCAACACGGAGCUCGCACAGGCCAUGGUCUUUGACGAGGUGUCACGGUCCCUGUUCAUCGGCGGGUACCACAUGGGCUCGCUGUUUGAAGCCCAAGCCAGCGCGUGGGAAGGGUACGUCGCACGCGUGGACAGCAGCACGGGCAACGUCACCUGGGGCAAGCACGUUCAGACAAACCGAAACGACUACGUGCAUGCGGUGGCAGUGGACUCGCGUGUGGGCCUCGUCUUCGCUGCCGGCACGACAGAGGGCGACCUGAGCGGCGACAACAGUGGCAGCAAGGACGUGUUUGUGGACGCGCGGCACGUGGCAAAUGGCGAUUCGGCAUGGACAACGCAACUCGGCAGCGCGGAGAAAGAGGAGGACGUGUCGCUUGCAGCGAGCACGGACCUGGGCCUGGUGUUUGUGGUCUUCAGCACGCAGGGCGAGCUGUAUGCGCCAAACGCCGACGGCGCGGGCGACGUUGCUGUUGUCGCCCUGCACAGCACCAAUGGCUCUGUGGCGUGGAACACGCAGUUGGGAGCAACCGCUGCUGACGAGGCAGGCGGCGUUGCUUAUGACGCGUCCACGACCACGGUUGUGAUCACGGGCGCAACGCUCGGCGCCAUGUUUGCCGACCAGCAGCACCACGGCGGGAUGGAUCUGUUUGUGGCUCGCCUCGACGCGCGCACGGGCGAGGUGCUGUGGGGCGGCCUGUAUGGUACGGAGGAUGACGAUAGCGGGCGUGCCAUUGCUGCCAGUGCACGCGUUCCCUUUCGCGAACAGGCGGCCGUGUUUGUUGCUGGGGAGACGGAGGGCGCGUUGUUUGGUCUUCCCACUGCUGGCGGUGUUGAUGCGUUCCUCGCCAUCCUCCGCCCAGACUCAUGGUGACGACGUCAUUCGUUUGUUCGUUUGUUGCUGUGUGCAUGUGUGCGUGCGUGUGUGUGCGUGUGUGCAUGUGUGUGUACAUGUGUGUGCGUUUCACACGGUCGCUUGUCUGUGUUUGCUCGCUCGUUUACUUGUCUGUGUCUACGCUCGUUCGGAGUGGUUGGUGCCUGCGUUACACUGUGCACCUGCAUGCACUUCCAUCUUCCUGCACGCGAUUGUGCUGCGCCUUCGCCCGUUGUUACAUCAUUACAGCUG